UCACAAAGUACAAGAAUCGAAUCCAUGCGUAGUAACAACUAACAACAUCACUUGAGAUCGAAAUACUCGAAUUUCAUUGUACGUGGAUACAAAGUUUCGAACUUCAAAAAAAAAGUUGGAACUUUUUUCUCAAAAAUUGUAUUAGGGCUAAUUAAAAAUUGAAUUUUGAGGAUAAAACUAAAUUACUAUGGCGGAGAAUUCGCGACUACGAGAGCUACGGAGACACAGAUGAUGAAAGAGAGAGAGAGAGGCCGGAAUUAUCCAUUGUUGUUCUUCAGUUUACCACUGAAUCGAAAUUUCUAAUUUGGGGAAAGAGGAUUUCUUGAAAGCCCUAAUUUUGGAAUACCGCAGAUUUCUUUAGUAUUGAGAAUGAGAUUUUCCAAGAAGACAGAGGCAAAGAUUGUUCUAGUGAAUCGAGAGAUUGAUAUCGUUAAAUGCGGGGAUUUGCAAUCUAGGGUUCUAAAGCUUUGUAAUCGAUGAAGGCCCAGAAGGGAAGCUCGAAGAAGAAAAGUGCGAAUUCUGGGUUAGUCGCUGUAGCAGUUGAUAAUAACAAAGGAAGCCAACAUGCUCUCAAAUGGGCUGCUGAUCAUCUUGUCUCUAAAGGACAAACCAUUAUCCUCCUCCAUGUUAUCCUUAGAUCACCCUCUGAUUCAGGUGAGAUUACUGCAGAAAAACAUAAGCAAGCUGAGAAUCUUUUCGUGACGUUUCAUUGCUACUGCAGUCGAAAAGAGAUACAAUGCCUUGAUGUCACGCUUGAGGAUGACAACAUUGUCAAGUCCCUUGCUGAAUAUGUUUCCUCUGGCGUGAUUGAGAAUUUGGUUCUUGGUGCCCCUUCCAGGCAUGGAUUCAUGAGGAAAUUUAAGAUUUCUGAUACACCGAGCAAUGUAGCGAAAGCAGCACCUGAUUUCUGUACAGUUUACGUUAUUUCAAAAGGGAAGAUAUCAUCUGUCCGCUAUGCCUCACGAGCUGCCCCAUAUCGGUCUCCGCUUAUGGGUCAGAUUGAAAACCACUCUGAAAUCAUUAACUACGAAAAGUUCAAAAACACCAUGAGCUUUAGAGAUAGGGCUCCGGCCAGGUCUUCGACUGCUAGCUCCAUUGAAGAUUAUGGAAAGUCACCUAUGGCAAGGACAUCAAAUUAUGCAAACUCAUUCUUUGAGUUGGAAGACUCCGAAAACGACAUAUCAUUUGUUUGCUCAGGCAGGCCAAGUACCACAAGCUCAGGCCGGCCAAGUACAAGUACCGGAAGGUCUGACAUAUCUUUUGUGAGCUCAGGCAGGCCGAGUACAAGCACCACCGGAAGCCCUUCCUUCAUCUACGAUUUUCCUGAUUCUGGUUUAACUCCGAGAAAGUCGACGAGCUCUGGACACUCUAUGCGUCUAGGAAUCAGGUUCAAUGACACCAAUAUCCAACAUGAUUUCUCAUUCGUCUCACAAGAUAGCGGUCGGUCAUCUUGUUCUUGUUCACCACAAAACUUGGAAGAAGUGGAAGCUGAGAUGCGGAGAUUGAAGCAGGAACUGAAACACGCAAUUGACAUGUAUGGAUCAGCUUGCAGAGAAGCACUAGCUGCAAAGCAAGAGGCGAAGGAGCUCCAACGUCAGAAAAUUGAAGAGGAAGGAUGGGUGCAAGAAGGACAGUUAUCAGAGAAAUCUACAAAGUCCAUAGUGGAAAAAGAGAGAGCACACAAAGCUGCCAUGGAGGCUUCUGAAACAGCAGGCAAGAUAGCAGAUCUCGAAACACAAAGAAGAGCCAUAGAAGCUGCAGGCUCUUUCUCUGAUUCCAGUUUAAGGUAUCGAAGGUAUGUUAUUGGUGAGAUUGAAGAAGCCACAAACUCAUUCGACAAGGCUAAUAAAAUAGGCGAAGGCGGGUAUGGUCCUGUCUAUAAGGGUUAUCUUGAUCAUACCCCUGUUGCUAUCAAGGUUUUGAGAGCAGAUGCAGUUCAAGGAAGAUCUCAAUUUCAAAGAGAGGUAGAAGUUCUUAGCUGCAUAAGACAUCCACAUAUGGUGCUACUUAUUGGUGCAUGUCCAGAGUAUGGAGUGCUUGUUUAUGAGUAUAUGGCCAAAGGUAGUUUAGCUGAUAGGCUCUACAAGUAUGGAAACACGCCACCGCUCUCGUGGGAGCUCAGGUUCCGAAUUGCAGCCGAAGUUGCGACGGGUCUGCUCUUCCUUCACCAGACAAAACCCGAGCCUAUAGUGCACCGUGAUCUGAAACCUGGAAACAUUUUGAUUGACCAGAACUACGUAAGCAAAAUAGGGGAUGUUGGAUUAGCUAAACUGGUGCCUGCAGUUGCUGAAAACGUCACGCAGUGCCACGUGUCAUCAACCGCUGGGACAUUCUGUUACAUUGACCCUGAGUACCAACAAACUGGAAUGCUCGGUGUGAAAUCUGAUGUAUACUCUUUCGGUAUCUUGCUUCUCGAACUGCUCACAGCGAAAAGGCCGACGGGUUUGGCUUAUACCGUUGAGCAAGCGAUGGAGCAAGGGAAAUUCAAGGACAUGUUAGACCCAGCAGUGCCUAACUGGCCGGUGGAAGAAGCUUUGUCUCUAGCAAAGAUUGCACUUAAAUGUGCACAGCUGAGAAGGAAAGACAGACCAGACCUCGGAAAAGAGGUUUUACCAGAGCUACAUAGACUGAGAGCUCGUGCAGAUACGAAUAUGGAAUGGAUGAUGUUCAACUUAAGCAGAGGUCGUCUAACACCAAAUCAUAGCCAAGUUUCCUUGCCACCAGUUGAUGAACUAAGUGUAUGCUCGGAUAGCUCUUAUACACAUUCAAGCACUUUAUCCGACACAGAGAAGAACUCAGACCAAAACGAAGAGGAUUAGUGUAUUCUUGUCUAUUUUGAAGGAGAUGGAUGGAGUGAGGCCAUUCUUGUCUUUUUUUAGUUUGGUUAAGCUUAUGUAAUUGUGAAUAUUGACCCUUGUAUAGUUGUAUGUAUAAAAUUCGUAAAUGAAGAAAAAAAAUGAAGGAAAAAGUUGAGUAGGUUUGUUAUAAUAUCUCUGCAAAGACGCAAACUCUUUUGUAAUAUGUAAGACAAAAAUCUAGACCACAUAAUUCGCACUCUAAUUCUAAUAAACUUCUAAAUUGA